CGAACGCGGCUGCAGGGUCAGAUGCUUCUGCUUUUUUCUCCGGACUCGAAACGCUCAAUUGUCAGCGCUCAAUGGGAAGGUUUAAACGUGGAGAGUCAUCGCCUCCGAAAGUUUGCGCUCUGAAUCGAUUGAGUUGUUCGCAGUAGAAGUUGUCUUUGACGGCAGCGUGUGCCCGAGUGGAAAGUAUCUGCGGGAAAAGAUAGUUUUUACUACUAACUGAAUUAUCAAAAGAGUUGAAUGCUGGUUGAUCCAGAACACCCAAGUAUAUCUGCUUGUGAGGACUUAAGAAGAUGGCACGCCCCAUCCAAUGGGCACGCUACAGAUGGCAGAGAUUGCUUUUGACACAUGGAAGCAGUAAUAGAUACGCUGUAUCACUAUUCCCAGGGUGGUUCAAAACUUCCCAACCACAGAAAACUGGAUGCAAACAUCGAUUAGUAAUUCCUUGUCUUGGUGGAUUUACUGAAGAAUAUGAAAAGGUUUUCAAGAAUUAUAUGACUAAUAAGAUUCAAACAACCAAAUAUACCUUGCUGAACUUUAUUCCAAGGAAUUUAUUUGAACAGUUUCACAGGAUUGCAAAUCUUUACUUCCUAUUCAUUGUUGUUCUCAAUUGGGUCCCCUUAGUGGAAGCAUUUCAGAAGGAGAUAACCAUGUUGCCAUUAGUAGUGGUUCUUGCAAUUAUUGCAAUUAAAGAUGGAAUUGAAGAUUACCGUCGCUACAAGUUUGACAAACAAAUAAACAAUCGAACAACUAAAGUAUAUGACAAACACAAAAAAAUGUAUCUUGCGAAAUGGUGGAAGGAAGUUCACGUUGGGGAUUUCAUCCGAUUAUCUUGCAACGAAAUCAUCCCUGCAGAUAUGGUGUUGCUGUAUUCUACUGAUGUUGAUGGGAUCUGCCACAUUGAAACAUCCAAUUUGGAUGGAGAAACCAACCUGAAGCAGAGACAGGUUGUUAAGGGAUUUACAAAGCUGGGGUCUGAAGCUGAUCCUGAGCAGUUCACCAGCAGAAUAGAAUGUGAAAGUCCGAACAAUGAUCUAAACAAGUUUAAAGGUUAUAUGGUACAUCAAAAUAAAGAGCGGGUUGGUCUCAGUAAGAACAAUCUUUUGCUUCGAGGUUGUACCAUUAGGAAUACUGAGGCUGUUGUUGGAAUUGUAGUUUAUGCAGGACAUGAAACCAAAGCAAUGAUGAAUAACAGUGGCCCUCGCUACAAGCGCAGCAAACUUGAAAGGAAGCUUAAUACAGAUGUUCUUUGGUGUGUGGUCCUACUAUUCAUGAUGAGUCUAAUUGGAGCAUUUGGUCAUGGAAUUUGGUUAAGUAGCUAUUCGCAAUUUCCUAUUUUUAAUGUCCCUCAGCCAGAUGGAGAACAUACCCCUUCAGCUUUGGCAGCAUUCUACAUGUUCUGGACCAUGAUUAUUUUACUUCAGGUGUUGAUCCCAAUUUCGUUGUACGUGUCCAUUGAAAUUGUCAAGUUGGGCCAAGUACUUCUCCUCCAGAGUGACAUUGACUUGUAUGAUGAAAAUACAGAUUCUACCAUUCAAUGUCGGGCGUUGAACAUCACUGAAGACCUGGGGCAGAUUGAAUACCUAUUUUCAGAUAAAACUGGAACACUUACAGAGAACAAAAUGGUUUUCAGCAGGUGCAACAUUGCUGGGAUUGAGUAUUUUCAUGAAGAAAAUGCAAAAAGGCUGGAGUUUUAUCAGAAUUUUAAUUCUGAAGAUUGCUGUAACACUUCUAUGGAACCUAUUUGUCACCAUUCGAACAGCUGCAGAUCCCUACCAAUAGUGGGAAGCCAUAGCUCAUUAAAUUGCUUGACUUCUAAAGGCUCAACAUUGACUAAGAAAGAUGUAUAUGAGGAUGAUGAACAUGAAAAAAUUGCACAUUCACGUCAAGUAGCAUUCAGCACCUCAAUUGAGAGAGAUGUUGCACCAGAUUCUCAGCUUCUAAGGAAAUUAGAACGAAUCGCAUCUCAGCCGCUACAUUUGUUGAAUACGGCAGAAAAUGUGCCUUCCCUGGAAUAUGCUUAUAUUGUGGACUUCUUCCUUGCCUUAGCCAUCUGUAACACUGUUGUUGUGUCAUCCCUUAACCAGCCAAGACAGCGGAUGGGGCAAAAAGAGGUAAGAAUACCUUCAUUCAGCAAUACUCCAAAGAAAUCACUGGAAGAGCUAAAGCUAAUGUUUCAUAGAUUUUCGGUGUCUAGUGCAAGCCCUUCCUGUCUUUCAAGUAGAAAAAAUUCAUCAACAGAAAGUCCAAGUAUUUUUACUAACAGACUGUUAAAUCGAGUGAAGCCGGCUUCUUUAUCCAAUGCACUCCAAAAGCAAAUGGAAGAAUCUGCUGGGUUAACCAAGGAAACUACUGGUGGCCCAUCUGAAACUAAUGAAAAUGUUCCAAAUGUGUCAAAAGAGCUUGAUGAAACCGCAGGCCUUUCACCCACAAUGCAGGGCACCUCUGCAGAAGAAUUGCGUUAUGAAGCUGAGAGUCCAGAUGAAGCUGCAUUGGUACAUGCGGCUCGGGCCUACAAGUGUACUUUAAUAUCUAAGACCUGUAGUCAAGUCACUGUGGAACUUAACAAAGUAGGACGAUUGCAUUUUCAACUCUUGCACAUCUUACCAUUUGACUCGAUUCGAAAGAGAAUGUCUGUGGUAGUCCGACAUCCACUGACUAAUAAAGUGGUUGUUUAUACAAAAGGUGCUGAUUCAGUAAUGAUGGAUCUUUUGGAUGCCUCUGCUAAAGACCAGGGGGAACAGAAGAUCAUUCAGGAAAGGACUCAAAAUUAUUUAGAUGAUUAUGCCAAAGAGGGACUCCGUACUCUCUGCAUUGCUAAGAAGGUGAUGAAUGAUUCUGAAUACUCAAAGUGGCUACAAUUUCAUCUGUUAGCAGAGACAAGUAUUGAUAACCAAGAGGAGCUACUAUUUGAAUCAGCUCUUAAGCUGGAAACUAACCUAACACUGCUUGGUGCUACGGGCAUUGUAGAUCGUUUACAGGAAGGUGUCCCAGAGACUAUUAUGGCACUUCGAAAGGCAAAGAUAAAGAUUUGGGUCUUAACAGGAGAUAAACAAGAAACUGCUGUUAAUAUUGCCUAUGCAUCUAAACUCCUGGAAAGAAAAGACCAUAUUUUUACUCUUAACACGCAGAACAAGGAAGUUUGUGAAGACAUGAUUAAUAAAAUUAUGGCAGAAAUCAUAGAGAAGGCCACUGCUGAAAGGAACAUUUCUGAUGUCAAUGGCCAUCCUGCCUCUUCAGCUUGUGAGACCAAACCUCAUAUUGGUUUGGUUAUUGAUGGAAAAACUUUAGAAUUUGUGCUACAUGAAAGUCUGCAAGACAGGUUUCUGGAACUUACUCAACGAUGCCGUGCUGUUAUAUGCUGCAGAUCAACACCAUUGCAGAAGAGCGAGAUUGUCCAUCUAGUGCGCACUAAGCUGAAAGUCAUGACUCUAGCCAUAGGUGAUGGUGCCAAUGAUGUCAGUAUGAUACAGGUGGCUGAUGUAGGAAUAGGAAUUUCUGGUCAGGAAGGGAUGCAGGCAGUAAUGUCCAGUGACUUUGCAAUUUCUCGAUUUAAGCAUUUAAAGAAAUUGCUGCUGGUCCACGGGCACUGGUGCUACACCCGACUUGCCAAUAUGAUCCUUUAUUUCUUCUACAAGAAUGUGGCUUAUGUGAAUCUCUUGUUCUGGUACCAAUUGUUCUGUGGAUUCUCUGGUACAUCAAUGAUUGACUAUUGGAUCCUCAUUUUAUUUAACCUCAUCUUCACAUCUGUUCCACCAAUUAUCUAUGGCAUCCUUGAUAAGGAUGUUUCUGCAGAGACUCUCCUCCAACUUCCAGAACUUUACAGUAGUGGGCAGCAGUCUGAGGCCUACUUAUCAUCAACAUUUUGGAUCAGUAUAUUGGAUGCCUUUUAUCAAAGUCUCGUUUGCUUCUUUGUUCCAUAUUUUACUUAUUUUGGUUCAGAUAUGGAUAUCUACUCAUUCGGAACACCUAUCAACACAGCAAUACUGUGUGUAAUUCUUUUACACUUAAUAAUAGAAGGCAACACUUGGACAUGGAUUCAUUGGGUUAUAAUGGGAGGCAGUGCUUUACUUUACUUUGUGUUUGCACUGGCUUUUGGAGGAACUUGUAUAAACUGCAACCAUCCAUCAAAUCCGUAUUGGAUCAUGGAGCAACAAAUGUCAGACCCACUCUUCUAUUUGGUCUGCAUCCUCGCUACAGUGAUAGCUUUGCUCCCCAGGUACAUCUAUCGCAUUUUCCAAGCAACAGUAUUCCCAACUCCUUUGCUCAAGGCUCGUCAGCUGGACAAGUUGAGCUCUGAGGAUCGCAAGAAGUCAAUCCAAGAGUGGGAUGGUACCCAGCCAGCCUGUGAAGUAUCUAGUGUGGAUGCCAUCAACAACUCUGUAACUAACAUUACCAUUUUGAGAAAAAAAUGUUCAGAUCAGACUAACUUUUUAUCAAAGGAUGAAGCACCUUUGGUUGCUGCACCAGCAAAAGGAGAAUCUGCCAUUACUGUAAUUCCACUGAAUGAAAUUCCAUCAGAAAACACUAGUAUAUUUGUCAAAGGAAAUGCUGUUUUGUUUAAAGCAGAAAUGGUUGCAAACUCUGACCUGGUACAAGAAUCUGAUGCAAAUACUGCCUCUGACAGCUUGCACACCCAAAUGCAUUCAGAAGAACACAAUGAAGGAAUGGCUUUGCAAUCUAAGAACAAAAAUAUCUCCUCUUCCAUAUGGGACAAGUCUGGUAGAUUACAGGAAUUUCCUCCGGCAGUAUGCUAGCACUACUUAAUCAGAAAGGACACCAUGAGCUACUUGCUCGACAGGGGUAAAAUCUAUUUUUUUCAUCACUGUUUUGAGAUGAAAUAAUUUACUUUGGCCAGUAUUGCUGUUCAACGUGUUGUUGCAGACCACAUUGUAUACCACUGCCUUGCUGAAGAGCUUAUCUCCAAUACAAAAAUAGGCUGCACCAUGCAAUAUUGAGAUAUAAGUUGCUGCCUUUCAUUCCCUAUGGAGUAAGGUCCUGAUGUCAAUCAUGUCUCAGUGCAUAUUCAUUACAUGGAGUGUAUGACUACUAUACCGGACAAAUAGCAUUUCACUAUAGGCCUUUGUGAGAAAUAAGGCAGAGGGAAUGCAGCACUGAAUCCCUGGCUUCUCCACAGUCAGGCAACAAUCAGGAGGACAAAUGAAGUUAGGCAAGCCACAAUUCGCUACCUGAGUCAAAUUAUCAUGCUGUUUUUACCUGUUGAUUUUCUAAAGAUAGUGUUCUAAUCAUGUUCUCAUCUCUGGGAAUAUCAUUAUUUUCAAAGCUCAGUUUAGGACUAUGUAAUGAUUUCAGUGCAAUGCAAAUAAUGGCCCAUUUUAAAAUGGGCAUAUGUCAAAAGUUGAUUUUCAAAUAUACAAACAGGAUGUACACAGAAAUAUCAACUCCGAAUAAAGUAAGUCACUAUGGCUUAGAAUUCCCUGAAAAUUGGUACUCUAAGUUCAGCUUAGUACAAAUUUCAACACAAAAGAUUGAAGACAUUCAGACGCCUGUGACUCAUUACAAUUUUUAAUGUUGCCGCCAAACUGCUACUUCAUUGUGACACUUCUGUGAAACUUACGCUACUCAUUAAAAAUGAGUUCUGUUGCUAUGUAUAACAGUUUAUAACAGUUAUGAACAGAUUUUAAAUUUGCACCUAUGUCUGGGUGCACAAGAAUGUUAAAAAUAUAUUUCUGAUGUUUUCAUAAAAUCUUUUCUGAUUAUGUCGAGUUUAUUUUGAUUUUUCCUCACUGGUACCUUUUAUUUGUAUCUUUGACUGCAUCAGAAUAGCAUGAAAACAGUUUGCAUUAAAAAGUUUUAAAUUUCCAUGAUUACAUACAUAA